UUUGGUUAAAAGAGAGUUCCUGUUCCAUCACCCCCACAAACCAGUCACAACUCUCACACAACCAACCUAACCACAACAGCAACAACAGAAAACCAUUUCUCUCUCUCUCUCUCUCUCAUUUCAUUUACCAAACUUUCCAUUUUGAAUCUCAUCAUCAAACCCUAAUUCCCCCCUCCCCAACUUCGACCCCAAUCUUCUCAUUUCAAUCUCUCUCUCUCUGUGAGAAAAUUUUCAAUUCCAAUUUUCAUUCACUGUCUCUGAAUCUCCGAUCUCUCUCUCUGAAUUUGUAUUGCUUUGAGAAAAUCAGUCUGAGAAAAUGGAGGCCAUCGAAGAAUUGGCUCAGCUCUCCGACUCUAUGCGCCAAGCCUCUGCGCUCCUCGCCGACGAAGAUGUCGAUGAAUCCUCAUCCUCAUCGUCUUCAUCCUCAUCCAAACGCCCUUCCUCUUUCCUCAACGUCGUCGUUCUCGGCAAUGUCGGUGCUGGUAAAUCUGCAGUUUUGAACAGUUUAAUAGGACAUCCUGUUUUGCCAACCGGUGAAAAUGGUGCUACUAGGGCUCCCAUAAGCAUUGAUUUAAACAGGGAUAGCUCUUUAAGCAGCAAAUCAAUCGUCUUGCAGAUUGACAAUAAAUCUCAACAGGUUUCUGCAAGUGCUAUUCGGCAUUCUCUACAGGAUAGGCUAAGCAAGAGUUCAUCGGGCAGGAGUCGUGAUGAAAUAUACCUGAAACUUCGUACUAGUACAGCUCCACCAUUGAAAUUGAUUGACUUACCGGGAUUGGAUCAACGAAUUAUGGAUGAUUCAAUGAUCAGCGAAUAUGUUGAACACAAUGAUGCUAUUUUGCUAGUUGUAAUUCCUGCAACUCAGGCGCCAGAAAUUUCAUCGUCUCGAGCCCUUAAAAUAGUGAAGGAAUUUGAUGCAGACAGCACUAGAACGGUUGGCAUUAUUAGUAAAAUUGAUCAAGCAGCUUCAGAACCGAAAGCUCUUGCAGCUGUUCAGGCUCUCCUACUGAAUCAGGGACCACCAAAGACAUCUGAUAUACCUUGGGUUGCUUUAAUUGGUCAAUCUGUUUCUAUAGCUUCAGCACAGUCUGGUGCUGGUUCUGAGAAUUCUUUAGAAACUGCUUGGCGAGCUGAAAGUGAAAGUUUAAAAUCUAUUUUGACUGGAGCUCCUCAAAGCAAGCUGGGUAGAGUAGCUUUGGUGGAGGCCCUUGCUGGCCAGAUUCGUAACCGUAUGAAACUCAGACUGCCAAAUCUUCUUUCUGGUCUUCAGGGGAAGUCUCAAAUUGUUCAGGAUGAAUUAGUUAGACUUGGUGAACAAAUGGUUAAUAGUGCUGAAGGUACAAGAGCUAUAGCCUUGCAACUGUGCCGUGAAUUUGAGGACAAAUUUCUCCUACAUAUCACAGGUGGUGAGGGUAGUGGUUGGAAAGUUGUUGCUAGUUUUGAGGGAAAUUUUCCUAACAGGAUCAAGCAGCUUCCCCUGGACAGGCAUUUUGACAUAAACAAUGUCAAAAGGAUUGUCCUAGAAGCAGAUGGUUAUCAACCUUAUCUUAUAUCUCCAGAGAAAGGUUUGAGGUCGUUAAUAAAAGGCGUCCUAGAACUGGCAAAGGAACCAUCUCGUUUAUGUGUCGAGGAGGUGCAUCGAGUACUUGUGGAAAUAGUUUCUGCUGCUGCAAGUGCGACGCCUGGGCUUGGAAGAUAUCCUCCUUUUAAGAGAGAGGUUGUGGCAGUUGCAAGUGCUGCACUUGACGAGUUUAAGAAUGAGGCAAAAAAAAUGGUGAUAGCACUAGUGGAUAUGGAGCGUGCUUUUGUUCCACCUCAGCACUUCAUCCGUCUGGUUCAAAGGCGAAUGGAUAGGCAACGCCGUGAAGAAGAGCUGAAAAACCGACCUUCCAAAAAGGCACCUGAUGCAGAGCAGUCAAUUUUGAAUAGGGCCACCAGUCCUCAAACAGGGGAACAAACUGGUGGAAGCUUAAAAUCAAUGAAAGAGAAAUCUGGUCAGCAAGAGAAGGAUGUACAAGAGGGAUCAGCCUUGAAGACCGCUGGACCUGGUGGCGAGAUAACAGCAGGAUUUUUAUUGAAGAAAAGUGCCAAAACAAAUGGGUGGAGUAGACGGUGGUUUGUUUUUAAUGAGAAAACUGGAAAGCUUGGAUACACUAAAAAACAAGAGGAAAGACAUUUUCGUGGAGUCAUCACCUUGGAGGAAUGCAAUAUAGAGGAAAUUUCUGAUGAAGAGGAAGCACCUUCAAAAGGUUCCAAGAACAAAAAAGCCAAUGGACCAGAUUCUAAAGUACCUAGUCUUGUUUUCAAGUUAACUAGCAAGAUUCCAUAUAAGACUGUUUUGAAAGCUCACAGUGCUGUUGUGUUAAAGGCUGAGAGUGUCGCAGAUAAGGUUGAGUGGUUAAAUAGGUUAAGAAAAGUUGCUGGGCCUUAUAAAGGAGGUGAAGCAAAGGGUGAAUCUGGUUUUCCCAUGCGGCAUAGUUUUUCUGAUGGUUCUCUUGAUUCAAUGGUGAGGAAACCAGCUGAUCCAGAGGAAGAGCUUCGAUGGAUGUCCCAAGAAGUACGCGGUUAUGUUGAAGCUGUUCUUAACAGCCUUGCUGCGAAUGUCCCAAAAGCAGUUGUUCUUUGCCAAGUAGAGAAAGCCAAGGAAGACAUGCUUAAUCAGUUAUACAGUUCUAUCAGUGCCCUAAGCACAGCAAGGAUUGAAGAACUGAUCCAGGAAGAUCAGAAUGUAAAGCAUAGGAGGGAGCGAAUCCAGAGGCAGUCCUCUCUUCUUUCAAAACUCACCAGGCAACUUAGCAUUCAUGACAAUCGAGCAGCUGCUGCCUCUAGUUGGUCCAAUGGUGGGGGUGGAGCAGAGAACAGCCCAAGAACCACUGCACCCCCAACAGGUGAUGACUGGAGGUCAGCAUUUGAUGCUGCUGCAAAUGGAUCUGUUGACUCAUAUGAUGACUCAUCUAGGUUCAGCAGGGGUCACAGUCGACGGUACAGUGAUCCAUCUCAGAAUGGUGAUUCAAACUCAAGCUCAAACUCCAGCAGUCGCCGCACACCUAACAGGUUGCCGCCCACUCCGCCACAGUCAGGUUAUAAAUAACAACAAUCUAUUCAGUUGGUGUGUGUUGCUCCUGCUCAGAUUGAGCUUUUGCCAAGCUCACAUUAAGUUAGGGUGGUUUUGUAGAAGUGGAAUAGGUUUGUAGAUAAAUCUUGCUAUUACAUCUGUGAUUUUUGCAGUGUAUUUUCUCUAUGCUAAGUAAAAUUUUCUUUCUCCCAUAUGGGUGGACUGGCGAGGGGAAAGAGGGGAAGGGAGAGAGAGAAGGGGGGAGGGGGAGGAGGCAUGGAGUGUCUCUCUAACAUUUGGUGGGCCCCACAAACCCAUGAGACUCAUAUGUUGUGAGAGGGAUGCUUCAUGAGAUGGUCGGUCUCAUAAGAGAAUUUUUAAUGAGGGUGGGGUACCCUUAUCCCUUUUUCACCCUCAGAUGCUACAAUUGUAAUUGGUUGUACUGAAUCUGAUUAAAUUUGUAAAAUUUUAUAUAGCAGGUAUGGUAUCUGUGGUUAGAUACAAUCUGCCUCAAUUUCCCUCCCUAGAAAUGAUGAAAUAUUGUGCUUUCUUGUAAAA